AGGAAAAUGGCAGACGCCUGAUUCGCAGACGGUGUGGAGAAAUGCGGGUAGGGAUGGGUCCGAGAAUUCAAAGCAGUCAAGGUCAAUGGACCUUUAGGAGGAUUAGAAAUGGAUAAUUGGGAAUAAACAGGAAGGAUAGUGGGAGAACGAGAGGUGAGUCUGACGGGGGAGGAGAGAGAUAAGACAGAACGAGCAGAUGGAGAGAACGAAAGGCGGCGGGCGGAGACGUUGAUCGUUUCUCUCAUUUUCUUGUUUACCCGUUCUUGGGGCCCUUUUUCUGCCCCUCCGCUCCGCUCCAUUUUGCCAUUCGCCCCGCCAACCAUCAUCGUAUCGAUCUAUCUGAGAAACUUGAAGUCGACUCGUUCACGCACCACUCCAUCUCUCUCGUCAGACCCCCUAUUUCUCUAUUAUUUCAUUAUGGCGGACGCUCAGAAGCGAAUGCAAGCUCUCUCGGAGGAGUUCCAGAAGCUCCAGACCGACAUGCAAGGUCUGGUCGAUGCCCGCCAGAAGCUCGAGUCGCAGCAACAGGAAAAUGAAGGAGUCCAGAAGGAGUUCGACUCGCUGGACGACGAAUCCAGCAUCUACAAGCUCGUCGGGCCCGUUCUGCUGAAGCAGGACAAGAGCGAGGCGGUCAUGGCAGUCAAGGGACGGUUAGAGUUCAUCGACAAGGAGAUUAAGCGAAUUGAGGGGCAGAUCAAGGAAAACGAGGACCAGAGUGACAGCAAGCGCGCGGAGGUUCUCCAAUUGCAGAGCCAGGCGCAGCAGGCUGCAGCGGCUUCUGCCUCUGCUUGAGCAGAUCGCAUACUACCUACCUAGCUCUGUUGGACGAGAUGGUCCUGCGUGUCCAGCCAAGGCAACAUGCAUGGGUUACGGGAGUGUGGAGGGUUGGUAGCUGAUUCCCUGAUUAAGAGAAGCUUCAACCUCGGAUUCGUAGCUCCCCGAGCAUAAUUGAGCGUGAAGUGGCCAUGUCCUGGAUGGCGGGAACAAGGAGUCACAGUGCAAUUCGAAAUAACCGUUUCGAAAGACCCAUACAAGUGAAAUGGUCUGCUGAGAAUUGGGAGUGGAGGAAUGGUGGUGCUGAAAGGGUGGGCAAGCUUGUGAUGAUAAAAUAUUAGAAGACGUCAAGUCACUGGGACGACCAACUGCCUUUACCAUGACUUGUUCAAGGCGAUACCCCUGAUGAAAAAUAUAUAAUAUUGCUAGUAUUUAUGGGUCCACUCUACAAAUUCCAAACAAAAC